CAGCGCCCCUGUCGAACACAGCAAUAACUGCGUCUGAAGGACCUGAAACGCUCUUGCAUGAUGAGGUCCCCCCCACCCAUCCUCUUCGGCCUAGCGGUGGGCAUAGCAUCCAUUGUGCCAACCGUCGCGCAGUCUACCUGCAACGGCCAGGCUGACUACUGUGAUCGCCGCUAUUCGAAUGUUACCCAGGUCGGCGCCCACGACAGCCCUUUCGUUGGAUCGCUGCUCUCCGAUAACCAAGAUCUCAGUGUCACCCAGCAGCUGGACCUGGGAAUCCGCUUCCUCCAGGGCCAGACCCACAAGUCUGCACUGGACGAUACCAUCCUCCUUUGCCACACGUCGUGCCUGCUGGAGGACGCGGGCAGCCUAGAAUCAUUCUUAACUACAGUCAAAACCUGGAUGGACAGCAACCCGGAUGAGGUGGUGACCCUCCUUCUUACGAACGGUGAUAGUUUAUCGGUCUCACAGUUCGGCGAUGUCUUCAACAGCUCCGGUAUUUCAGACUAUGCAUUCGUGCCGAAUUCGUCCCCAAACACUUUGGCCAUGGAUGAAUGGCCGACCCUACGAGAACUGAUCGGAAAUGGCACGCGGCUGGUGUCUUUUCUUGAUUAUGGCGCCGAUACUUCGACCGUUCCAUACAUCCUCGACGAGUUUGCGUACUUCUUCGAGACCCCUUAUGACGUGACGAAUGCGACCUUUCCCGACUGCAGCAUUGACCGGCCCGCUGGUGCGUCGGCCUCUGGACGGAUGUAUAUUGUCAAUCAUUUUUUGGAUGUCGACAUCUUGGGGAUUCUCAUUCCCGAUAAGGACCAUGCAUCCGACACCAACGCAGUGUCGGGGUCUGGGAGCAUUGGAGCCCAGGCAGAUCUGUGCUACUCCAUAUACAGCCGCUUGCCCAACUUCAUCCUCCUGGAUUUUGUCGAUUUGGGUGAGCCGAUUGCGGCUCAGAAUGAACUGAAUGGUGUCUAGAACGCUUAUUGUCAUCCUUCCGAGCAGCGUGGCUCUGGAUUUACCAACCUCAUUGACAUGCUAUGUAAAUCUAGCAGUGUUCUAUCAAGUAUCUUACCAUUCGGAGUAUAAUGAAUCUGCCGUUCUGCUCAUCUGUAAAGUCCAAACGAGGCCAGACCUCACACUGCGAGGGAACGUAUAGAUCUAUCGUUUAGACGAAGUCCUUUAGUCCAAAACGUCGAGCAGAUAGCGCCAAGUCGCCCCACUUUAACUUCCAAGACACUUCCAAAUU